AUGGCCCCAUCAAAAGAGGAGACAAUACUGGCGUCGGUCGAGCCGGUGGAGACUAUCCAUGACAAACUAGUGGAAAAGGAACCCGAGCAUUGUCCGGGGCCCGAGCUGGAGCAAGCCGGGCUCGGCGAUGCUUGUCAGGGAUGUGCCAACCAAGAGAUUUGUCUGCUGGCUCCCAAAGGUCCUGAUCCUGACCUUCCAGCAAUUUCAAAACGACUCGAAAAUAUCAAGCACAAGAUCCUCGUACUCUCUGGCAAAGGGGGUGUCGGGAAGCUGACAUUUACUCUGAUGCUUUCAUGGGCACUUGCAGCUGACGAGGACGUGGAAGUGGGGGCGAUGGACUUGGAUAUCUGUGGUCCGUCGCUCCCACAGAUGUUGGGAGCUCGUGGGGAAACUGUCCACCAGCUGAAUUCCGGUUGGUGCCCCGUUUACGUGGGUGACAACUUGGGGCUCAUGCUGAUUCUGUUUAUGUUGCCUACGGACGACACUGCGAUCAUAUGGCGAGGCGCUAAGAAGACUGGGCUCAUCAAGCAAUUUUUGAAAGACGUUGAUUGGGGUACUCAUCUUGAUUACUUGGUGGUUGAUACUCCUCCCGGUACCAGUGACGAGCAUUUGGCCGUGGUGAAUUACGUCAAAAAUACUGGCAUCGAUGGUGCUUUGGUUGUUACCACUCCCCAAGAAGUGGCGCUUCUUGAUGUGCGUAAGGAAAUUGACUUCUGCAAAAAGCUGGGGAUUCCCAUUUUGGGUUUAGUGGAGAACAUGCUGGGAUUCGUGUGCCCCAAUUGCAAGGGUACCUCUCAGAUCUUUAAGCCUACAACGGGUGGUGGUGAAGCUCUUUGCAAGGAGUUGGGUAUCGAAUUUUUGGGGCUGGUCCCUCUUGAUCCUCGUAUUGGUCGCAGUUGCGAUGCUGGUGUGUGUUUCUUCGAUGAGUACGCAGAUCUGCCGGCAGCUACUGCGAUCCUAGACGUUGUUGAUCGAUUGAGAGCAAAAGUGGAAUCUUCUGAAGAUGAACUUCUGAUGGACAAAUUAUCCGUGGCUUAA